CUUGAGUUUUAUUUCAACGCUAAGCAAGGCAGUAAUCCCAUGAAUCCGAUAAACUUUACUCAAGAUACUGCACUCAUAGAUUUCCAGGAAGAGACUACACGAUAUACUGCUGUUCUAACUACAGUUCUAGACGGAGACAGUUGUGGACUUCAUCUAAACUUGAAAACUGAAUCAAGUCCUAAACCAACACAGGGGAAUAAACCUCUGACUCUGGAAAAACCCGGUCCGAAAUCCACCAAGUCCAUCCUGCCGAAUUUACCGGAAAUGAUGAGUGACGAGGAAUCUCAGAAAUCUGCCAGGAAGUCUGCUGUUCUGAUUGCUAAAAUGCGAGAUGGUUCUUACAAGGCUGAGGUGCUGGUUAACUUGGACGAGACUGGGUCAGGGUUCACGAGUGGGAACUUGUUCAAGGGGAAGCAAAUUGAUCUCGAGUUCGUCAAGGUGUUGGUUGUUAUAGACGCAAGACCGAGUUUAAAGGUCUCGGUGAUCUCUCACAAACAGUUUGUGGAAUAUGUUGGAAUUCGAGAUAUACCAACCAGAGAAUGUCUGGAGGAAUCUGGGAUUGGACGAGAGUUUGAAUUCCGUGUGGAUAAUUAUACUAUUGAGAGUGCAGAGGGUGAAAUCUGUAAAGCACUCAAGUUGAAGAUUUGCCAUGCCUGGUUUGUGAGUGAUGAUAAUCUAUGCCGGAAGCGAGACACCAAGGAUAACCCGGAUAUACAAACAGAACUAUCUGCAUAUCUGAGAAACGAUGCUAUUUACAAAACAUUAACAAAGGUUGUGGAGGAUCUAACAGAGAGUCAAGGAAGACCUGGAUAUACAGGAAAGGGAGCUGAUGAAACCGACAGGUUCUUGAUGGCUCUGGGAGAUCUACAGAAGAAGUACAAGACUUCUCGCUUCUGGAUUAUGCUGGAGAGAGAGUUCAAGUGUGAGAAUGACAAGCUGGUGUCCUCUGUGUGCAAAUAUGAAUCUGGAACUGGUCAACUCAGAUACUGUGGAACUAUUUGUCUAGGGAUGACAGAUGAUCUGAUCCUGAAACCCUCUGAGGAAUUCUUCAACAUGAUUCUAUACAACAGUGAUCCUAACUCCCAGGUCUACCUCAGAAGGUUUUUGAACCCGCUGAAUGUGACCAAGGUGAACCGUAACGAUGAUGUUGAAGGGAUAAACAACUUUGACAUCUUCGUCAUCCAGGAGGGCGCCAAAACUCCAGAAGAAGCAAUCCUUGAUUAUGACAAGUUUAUUACUCAGAAGAUUAAUGAGUUUACCGUGACCUUCAGGCCCAAGUCUGGUUCUGAUGAUGAAAAGAUUGAUAUUUCUGUUGAUAAAACUCAAGGAAUUUCUCAGCUGAAGAACCAGCUGAUGCAAGGACUGCAGGUUCCUGAAGGUUCAAAUAUCACGCUCUGGGAAUGCCUCAGCUCCGAGUCUACUUCCUCAAAUCCUCUCAAGAAACGAGCUUUCAGGAAACCGCUGGAUUAUCCUAUCUCGAACGAAGACGACAGGAUGGUGAAGGAUCUCUUCUCGAACUGCGAAGACGGGUCAAGAUGUCUGUACUAUCAGUUUUAAAUCCAUCAUUACAGGCCACGUUAGGAGAUUACUUGGAGGGGCUAUGGGUGCUCCCUCCCCCCUUCCUCUGUACUGGCACCAUGUUAAUUUACCCAGUACUCUUGAAUUCAGUAUUUGAAUUUGUAAUGUGCCCAACAUUAAUUUGUUGUUGUUUAGUUUUGUACCAGCUUGUACCCUAUCCCAAAGGUAUGUUUCGAAUUUGAUGUGUGAGAUUUGAAUCCCGUUGCGCGUUUUUCGUUUAUUUUUGAGCAUUUAUAUAACUCUGUACUUAUGUAACCUUACUUUCUGUGUACACUGUAACAAUGUACAGUUAAGUAGUAUAACGAUGGUGAAUUUCUUUGAUCAAUUAUUUUUUUGCUGUGAACAAAUGUUUUGCCCCUGAGUCCGAUGCAAGAUCUCUUUAAUUUUGGAAGAAAAAUAAUGUUAAAAGUUUGGAGGAAAAAAAAUAAAAAAUAAUUGAAAAUUAAGAUCAAUAAGAAUUUUACCGAAUUAUCCAAGUUGUCUAAUUUCUUUUAAAUCCUAAAAUAUUUUUUUAUUGUCAUGCAUAGUAAAUCCACCAUGUUUAAUAUGUUCUCGAUCAG